GAAUUAGCUGUACCUACUCUGUUUUUAACAUCCUGGGAACAAGCCCAUCAGCCAUGCUGGUGGUACUGUGGGAAAAAAUGUUUAAGAAAUAGUAAAAUACUGCAAGUCAAUGAGGACUGGAGGGGGAAAAAAUGUGAAAAACAGCCCUGCAAAGUCAGACUUCAGACAAAGCAGAGGAAGAGCUGCCAGAGCAGGUGUUUCUCUGCAGCCCAUGGUGGACACCACAGUGGAAAAGAUAUUCUCCUGCAGUACACGGAGAGGACCACAGUGCAGUAGGCUUUUCCAUUCAGCCAGUGGAGGGGACUGCACCAAAGCAAAUAUCCACACUGUGGCCCAUGGAGUGUCCCAUUCCAGAGAACGUGGAUAUUUCCUGAAGGAACUGUGGCUUAUGGAAAGGAACCUACAUAGGAGUAUGUUCUCUUGAUAGAAACUGUGCUCUAAGGAGGACUUACACUGCAGCCCACAGGAAGAAUCCAUGCUGGAGCAGGGGAGAAGUGUGAGGAGGAAGCAGAGAGGAGCUGUUAGGAACUCAUAACAUCCUUCCCCGUCCCUUCUGCACUACUCAGGAGUAAAUGAACUGGUUUAGCUUCAAGGAUGAACUUGUUUGAUUGCAGGGAUGUCAUCCCAAGAGCCAUCCUGUCAAGUCUCUGGCAUUAACAAUCUUCUCAAUUUCAAAUGGAAAGAAAUGGCUUUUCAGUGAUAUGUUUGAGGAAAAGCUGUAUUAGAAUAAAAGAAGACACCCCAUAACUGCUUUGAUAUAAAUAUUACAAGAAUUCAGGACUCCUCCUGAAGGAUCUUCUUCACUUAAUCUUGCUCCUGAAGAGACCGCGUAGUAAACUGAAGUCAUUGCAGGUCUCAAAGAAGUGAAAUUUAGAGCAAGACUGCUGAAUUAAAUAAUAAAUUAAAUAAAUAAUAAGUUAAAUUAAAUAAACUUCACACAUUCACACUAAAAAAGGAAAAAAAGGAUAAAUUCAAGAUCCCAUCAAGAGUAAAGCACAGAAGAACAACUAGCUAGAUACGUGGAUGUGCUGUACUUUUUUGUGUCAAUAACUCUCAGAUAUACCAGCCUUUAGGUUCAUGAAUGUUUUAUUCAUUCUUUUAUAGGUCUUCCUGAGAGAUAACCAAUCGGAUACUGGACAAACAAACAAAAAGAGUAAUCAGACUCCACUGACCUGUUUAACCUUGAAUGUGAAGGAUGAAAAGCAGCAGCUGUUUUCAGUGGAACAGGGCUUCUGGUGGCACUUACUUCUUUCCCUUUGGAUUAUAUUUGCCUAGAGACACCUAGAUAGCAAAUUGAUGAUGUUGUGACUUUAUACAUGCCAGACUGUUCCAUCACUAUUUGAAGCAGCUGCUUUGGUAAUGCACUGCUAAUAUGGCUGAACAAAGGCAACGUGCUUUGUCAACAUCAGGGGAAGCAUUAUAUGGAAUCCUGGCCCUGGAGAAGGGAGCAACGCAUGAUGAGAUUAAGAAGUCCUACAGAAAACUGGCUCUGAAAUAUCACCCCGACAAGAACCCUGACAAUCCAGAGGCUGCCGAAAAAUUUAAGGAGAUUAACAAUGCUCACGCAACGCUGACUGAUCUCUCCAAGCGAAACAUAUACGACAAGUAUGGAUCCUUGGGGCUCUACGUAGCAGAACAGUUUGGGGAGGAAAAUGUUAACACGUACUUCAUGCUCUCUAGCUGGUGGGCAAAGGGUCUGUUUGCAGUCUGCGGCCUCCUGACAGGCUGCUACCUCUGCUGCUGCCUCUGCUGCUGCUUCAACUGCUGCUGUGGAAAGUGCAAACCCAAAGCACCCGAAGGGGAAGAACAGGAGUUCUGUGUGUCUCCAGAAGACUUGGAAGAGCAAAUUAAGAAUGACAUGGAAAGAGAUGGAGAAACUCCUAUUGUGCUUCAGCCGACAAAUGCAACUGAAAAGACGCAGCUCAUAGGGGACAGCCAUCGGAGCUACCGCACAGACUCCUAGAGCGGGCACACACGGCCUGGUGGUGCUUCCCAGGAAGGAAGAACGUGUGACAAGCUCUGCAGCCUGUACCUGUAACUAACCAAAAGUAACCUCAGAGUAUUUCCUGUCAAGGCAGAAUCUCCCUCUAGGCCACUUCAGUAGUUUCAGAUCUACCCUCUGCAAAGAGAUGCCGACAGCCAGUGCAGAGCUCUCACUGGGUCAGACUGCCCUCUUGGCACCAUCUUCCCCCUACAACACACUCCUUGCUGCAAUUGCUCUUCUCCCCGGCCCUCAGCUGGGGUUUCACCUCUCAGAUGUGGUCCUGAGCCCUCUCCAGACACACCAGCCCCAUCUCUUUGUGCCCCGGGGAAUCCUUCCCUCAAAGGAAAAUCAGUGACAAGGCUGGUAGGGCUUCUGCAAAGUGGAAGCACUCUCUGGAAAGCGGGCAACACCUUAGUGAUAUCAGCCCAGUUCUGGCAACUGGAAAUCUGAGCCAGGGUGAUGUGCUCCAGGGUCAUUCAGGUGGUGGGAACAAGGCAGAUGACUCCAAACCCAGGAGCAUCAACCAGCAUGAUCCACAUGUAGGCUCUGCAUUCUCCUGCACACACGCAGACCAUGCCUGCACAAGCUGCAGACACCCCAGGGAGAGGAUUGCUAGCCCUAGGCUCUCCUAUCCUCACCACCAUCACAAAGCUUUCUCAUUCCUGCAUGGAUGGGUCUGCCGCUCGUGCCGUGCCGCCUCAGCUUUUCCAUUUGCAGCUGCAGUGUGCUGGAAGCUGAUCCCCAGCCAACAGCUUUUUGCGGCCUUGCUCACUGCACAGUGCCCCUGGCCACUGUCCACACCACCCUGCUGGCACUGGGAUGGCAUCCACGCCACGUGUGCUGCCUUGCGGGACAGUGAGGACUUGGAAGGGCAGAGGAGCAAGCAUCUUCCUUGCGGUCUUUGUCCUUAGGUGAGCCUGGGUCCUUCUCUCUGCCCCAGCACAGGGGCUUUAAGAACAUACUGCACGGCUUUAAAUAAAGAAGUAGGGACGAGAAGCAUGCUGACAUUGAUAUCCUCGAGUACACAAAACACUGGGUUUUGAGCAAAAAUGUGAUACCUGUGCAUUUCUGAAAAAUGAAUCAGGUGUGUACCGCUGUGCAGAUCAGUGGAGUUACAUGUGGGUACAGCUAAAGCAAGCACAGAGAAAUGAGACCCCUAAUUUGUAAGAGUUAAAGAAGAAGCUCUGAGAUCUUAAACUUAGAACUUCACUCAUUUAACACAGUAGUUUAAGGCUUAGACAGAUGAAUUUCACUUUAUUGAUCAUGUUACAUCAAUCACUGUCAGUUCUCUACAUUUGCUAUUUUUGUUCCUCUAAUCACAGUGCUGUGGCCCAAAGGGGGAAGUAAUGUACCACUAAAUAUAGAGACCAGUCAACGUAUAGCUAGUCAAAAAUCUUAUUCUCUUCUUUAAAAUUGGAUUCUGUGGUUGUGAAACAUUAUUGUCUUCCUUCUAUUCUCACCUUUCACAUCAAAUGUCAUUUAGUGGCAGCUAAACAUAUGAGAAAAGAGUGUGUUUCAUAGCACUAGCAAUCACUCCAAGUCAAGAAGUACUACUUCAACAUUUCUUUAAAAUUCCCACAAUGCAUGGAUAUUUAAAAAUCCAUCAGCCCUAGUUCAGAGUACGUCUGUUCUCCAGGCACAGGCACUGGGGCCACCUGAUGCUCACAUUGUCCUCAAGGAAAUCUUCUACCUCUGAAGUCCCCCGUCCUGCUCCCAUAGAAGCACCCUUGGUUUUACCAACAGCCACAGAUCAGGCCUGAAGCCAGGGAAAGAGGGGUAAAUCCCAGAUUAGUAAAAGCAUUUUGGCAAUUUUAUUGACACAACACCCUUGAUGGCCCUCAGGAUCCCAGCGUAUGUGCCAGAUCCCAAGUUUACUGAAAUCAAGGAAAUAAUUUCCAUGGGCUGGAGGAGUACCAUAAGUCAUGUGGUUCUCAUUCACUCUUUCUAAAUAAGAGAUUUUGCUUGGGAAAGAUUUAUGACUCUAACUUGCAUAGUGAUGCAAAUACAAGCGAGCUGCUGCAUGUUUGCAAAGCCCUUUUUACUGACAUGAGGAUCUGAACAGAAGAACCACAAAAUGUAUUAUCUAAGACAGCCAAAAACCCCAAACAAACCAUUGGCCAAGCCUCUGAGUGGGUUCCUCGGGAUUUAUAUAGCUUGAAAACCUGAACCCACAGUUUGGCUUCAAAGAGACAAGGUGGAUUUCAGGGUACCAGGGCAUUUGCCACUCUCCCUGCUGUCGGGAUCGGCCAUUUUGAGGACAUGUGGAGAAAGGAUGAGUAAGGAUUUCAGGAUUUGGCUGUUCCAUGUGGGUUCACUUGUUUGUUUUGCUUUUCAAAAAAGCUGCUAAAGGGAACACAGCUGUGCUUACAUGAUCUGUUUGUAUGUAAAAUUCAGUCACACACCCAUUAAUUUUCUCAAAAUGUGGAGUUCCUCAAUUUUUUUUUGUUCUAUUGUGCUGCUUUUCCUUAGAUGUAAAGUACGAUGUAUUCCAACCUACCUUUCCUGUCAACCCCCCUGACUAAUAAAGCUUGU